AUGACACUAGGCCCCGAAAUAACCAGACCGACUCGGAGUCUCGCAGGCCGAGUAGCCAUCGUGACUGGCGCAGGCGCAGCAGGCGAUGGGAUCGGCAAUGCGCGUGCAGCAGCCAUUCUACUAGCUGAAGACGGCUGUUCAGUCGUAUGCGUGGAUAUCAACCUAGCGCUGGCCGAGCGCACAGUGGAAAUGAUCAAGGCCGAAGGAAAAGGCGACGCUAUUGCCGUGCAGGCAGAUAUCACGGUUGCUGCCGACUGCGAGAGAGUCGUAUGCACCACGAAGCAGCGAUAUGGAAGAUUGGAUAUCCUCUUCAACUGUGUCGGGGUGGGCGGCGCGGUGGGUACGGCCGAGACGGUCGAUAUGGAGCAGUGGGCACAGGGAUUUAAUAUCAAUGUCUCGAGUAUGGUGUUGAUGGCCAAGUAUGCUAUCCCGGUCAUGAAAAGUAAUGAUAUUACCCGUGGCUACCGCGGAAGUAUCGUCAACAUGGGCAGUGUGGCAGGGAUAAAGGGCGGCACUCCCCAUCUGCUGUAUCCCACCACCAAAGGCGCAAUCGUCAAUAUGACCCGCGCUAUGGCGGCGCAUCAUGCAAAAGACGGCAUCCGAGUGAAUUGUGUUUGUCCGGGAAUGGUGUAUACGCCCAUGAUGUACGCAAAGGGGAUGAGCCCAGAGGCAAGGGAAGCACGGCGGAAUCGCAGUCUGCUCAAGACGGAGGGGAAUGGAUGGGAUGUCGGCGCCGCUGUACGGUUUUUGGCUGAAGACGAGGCCCGAUGGAUGACAGGAGUAAUCUUGCCAGUUGAUGGAGGGACGACAGCAGCAGUUGGGAUGGAAUUGCCUACCAGCGCGAGUGUAAAUGGCUGA